CUCUUGCACCUUAUCACCUCUCUCUCUCUCUAUCUCUUCGAAAAAAGUCAGCGCCAUCUUUUGUCCCUUUCUCUCUCACAAGAGCCAGAGCCAGAACAGGGUACACAACACAGACAUUUUCAGACCCUGUCUCUUCGCUUAUGGACGACGAUUGGGAUCUCCACGCCGUCGUCAGAGGCUGCACCACCGUCACCUCUUCCUCCUCCUCCUUCUCCGCCGCCGCCACCGCCUCCUCUGUUUCUUCCCCUGCUAUUGGGAGUUCUUACCAAUCUUCACCUCCCUCCACCUUCUUCCCAGCAAGCCAAGUUUUGUCCCUUUCAAACCCCUUUGAAUCAAAGGGUUCCAUUGGUGGACUUCAUGAGCUAUGCAAGCCUUUCUUCAUCAAAUCACAGGCUCCUCCUUUCUCUUAUUCACCCAAAUCGCCUCCUCAGAUGAAGCAAAAACAACAGCAACCGCAGCAGCAUCACCUUGCUGGUUCUGGUUCUGGUUCUGCCACCACCCCACGAUCUAAAAGAAGGAAGAAUCAGUUUAAGAAGGUUUGUCAAGUUUCAGCUGAGAAUCUCUCUUCAGACAUAUGGGCAUGGAGGAAAUAUGGUCAGAAACCUAUCAAAGGGUCACCAUAUCCAAGGGGAUAUUACAGAUGUAGCAGCUCAAAAGGGUGUUUAGCUAGGAAACAAGUGGAGAGGAACAAAUCAGAACCAGCAAUGUUCAUUGUCACCUACACAGGGGAACACAACCACCCUGCCCCCACUCAUCGGAAUUCCCUUGCUGGCUCCACCCGCCAGAAGCCAUUGACACCUGAAACCGCCACUGCAGGGGACUCUGGCGGCAAAGCACUGACAAAUCCCGUUUCUCCAGAGACCCCAGGGGCGGAAGAAGAUGGGGUUGCACCCCUAUCAGAGAGCAAAGAGGAUUUGGAGGAUUUGAUGAAUGAUGAUGAUGGAGAAGAACAUGAAUUUGGGGUGUCAGAUAUGUUGGUAACAGAUGAUUUCUUUGAGGGUUUAGAUGAACUGACAGGGUCUGCAGUUGUAGGUACUACUGAAGACUGUUCUGGUGACCCAUUUGUAGGUGGUGGUGGUGGUAUUACUCUUCCUUCUUGGGUGGCCAGUAAUGCUGCCACUGCUGCUGGUGGUAGCUGACUCAUUGGUUUCAUGCUUUUUUUGUUACAGAGAACAGGAGCUUUUUGUUUUUUGUCUCUUUUUGUAGAGGAGCUGGUAUAUUUUGGAGGAAUCUUAACCAACAGUGCUUUGUGAUUGUGAAGGGGAAGAAAAGUUCUUCCCAAAGUAUAGUGUGAUGAUGUAGAGACUAGAGAUUAGGCAUUUAUAUCUUUGUUACUCCUAGUGAUUGUUAGCUCUAGCUCUGCUAAUGUAGAAACAAUUCAUUUCUAGAGUGUUAAAGCAUGUUUGGAUUAA